AUGCAAGCACGCACAGCGGUCGUCGAGCGCAACACGAACGAGACGCAGAUCCGCUGCGCGAUCAACCUCGACUGCCAGCCUGGGACGGGCAACAAGCAGGAGAUCUCCGUCUCGACCGGGAUCGGCUUCCUGGACCACAUGUUCCACGCGCUCGCGAAACACUCCGGCAUGUCGCUGCAGCUCACCUGCAAGGGCGACUUGCACAUAGACGACCACCACUCGGCAGAUAAGCCUCUCUACCCGCCUUUCGACAGCGCCAUCGCCCUCGGGACCGCGUUCAAGCAGGCCCUCGGCGAAGUGCGCGGCAUCCGCCGCUACGGCACCGGCUUCGCGCCCCUCGACGAGGCCCUCUCGCGCGCCGUCAUCGACAUCUGCUCGCGCCCGUACUGCGUCACGGACCUGAAGCUGAAGCGCGAGAAGGUCGGCGACCUCUCGACGGAGAUGUUCCCGCACAUCUUCUACUCCUUCGCGAUCGCGUCCGGCGUCACCCUCCACGUCGACGUCCUCCGCGGGGAGAACGACCACCACAAGGCCGAGUCGGCGUUCAAGGCCCUCGCGCUCGCAAUCCGUCAAGCGAUCGAACGCACAGGGGGUGACGACGUUCCGAGCACGAAGGGUGUGCUGUGA